AGGGGUAGUAUUUCUGACAGUUUAUAGUUGUUACCAUAUAAAUACAGUUUAUUGUCAUUAUUGCGAUCCCAUGCGUUGUUUCCAAGAGCAUUUGAUCACGUGAUGCAAUGUAUCAAAUAUUUUGUUGUCAUGACAACCAUAGGCAAGUCUCGCGAGAACAGCAAGAACAUUUAACCUUUAACCUUCCGGGUUUGAAGGCGAUAAAACCACAUUCAUUCAACAAAGUAAAAACAAAGCGUGAAACUCAAAUCUGAAAUAUGAAUUAUACUUAAAUCAUGUAUCACAUGAAAAAUUAACUUUUCAGACUGGAUAUUGCACUAAAAUGACUCAAAGUAACAAUUAAACUUAGAUAUCUAUCUUUAACAUGUCUAAAUUAGUGAUUUGCUGCCCUCUGCCCAACUAGUUUUGAGUACUCACGUGCUGCUAUAUUUAGUUCACAACGUUUUUAUACCAACAAGAGUAUCGUCGUUGCAGAACUGCACUCACUGAAGCUACCCAAAGGUCCUGGCCUUGUGAGAAUAAAAGAUGGAAGCCAAAUCAGCGCCAAGGAAAAUAAAGAUCGGCAUUAUUGGAGGUUCAGGACUGGACAACCCAGAUAUCCUGGACAACAGGAGAGAGAAGCAUGUGGACACGCCCUAUGGAAAGCCGUCUGAUGCCCUGAUCCUGGGUGAUGUCGGAGGUGUGGAAUGUGUCCUUCUGGCCAGGCAUGGGCGAGGCCACACUGUCAUGCCUACCAACAUAAACUUCCGAGCCAAUGUCCACGCCCUGAAGGCUGAGGGCUGUACUCACCUGAUCGUCUCUACAGCCUGCGGGUCGCUCAGAGAAGACAUCCAUCCAGGAGACAUGGUCAUCCUGGACCAGUUCAUUGAUCGGACAACGAAACGUGCCACAACAUUUUACGACGGCAACCCUGGCAGUCCUCUGGGUGUGUGUCACCUUCCGAUGGACACACCUUUCUGUCCUCACACCAGAAAAAUACUGAUUGAUGUUUGCAAGGAGUUGGAAAUCAGGCACCAUGAAAGCGGCACCAUGGUCACCAUCGAGGGGCCUCGCUUUUCAUCGCGUGCGGAGAGCAAGAUGUUCCGCAUGUGGGGCGGUGAUGUCAUCAACAUGACCACGGUGCCGGAGGUCGCCCUGGCCAAGGAGGCGGGACUGUGCUACGCUGCAGUUGCCAUGGCAACAGAUUAUGAUUGUUGGAGGGAUGAUCCAGGACACCAUGUGAGUGUUGAGGCUGUGCUGAAGGUGUUUAAGGGCAAUGCUGAGAAGGGAGUCCGCAUCUUUAAGUCUGCCAUUCCCAAGAUUGCCCAGCGGGACUGGUCAGCUGUGCUGGAGGAGAACAGGGUGACAGUUUCCAGCUCUAUCAUGCUGCCACCAUCUGAAGGAUAACCUAGUCAACAGCAACAGGCUCUGCCUUCAUUGUACCUCACUUUAAAAGGUCUUAUCUGCCUUGACCAAAGACAUCAAGGCAUUCUCACUUCACUUCACAAUAUUUAUAUAAUAUGGGAAAUUAGAAAGGCUCAGGUCUGUUACAUAACUCUGAACCAGAGUUGUUAUAUGUCUAAAUUCUAUCAAUGUCAACUGACUUCCAAAUUGUUGUCUCCCCUUCUGAUGGUUUAUCUACUGUAUCUAGGGCAUGGUAUUGGAAGGUGGAGUCCAAUCUUCUCCUCCCGCUGCCUUUAUCUUCUCAACCAAAAUCAGGUACUCAUUUUUACACCUGAACCUGAGUGAAGGGAGUAAAGAUAUGUUAAUGUGCCUUUCUCAAGGGCACAAUAUUGGCAGCAUGUUAGAGGAUUCAAACCAGAACCUCUGGGUCCUGGGGAACAAAACUGUUAUGACAACACAACACCACAGAGUAUGCCUAAACUAACAGCAAUAUUAAAGCCAGAUAUGGUGAUAGACUAGACACAGUGUCAAAAUAGUUACUAUGACUAUCAGAGGCAAUGAACUGCUAGAUUGAACAAAGCAAUAAUGGCAAACACUGCUCUACAAUACACAGUGAUUCAGGGAGUCAAUAAAUCAAAUUUCUGCACAAUAUUCUUAUGUAGCAAAACUGCUUUCAAAUCAGAAAUGGAAAUUGCUAACAAUGUGUUUUGAUUUUAAGUUGUCAUUAGUUUAAGUUAUCUUUAUGUUUCAGUCAAAGUGGGAAAAUGCAACUUUAUAAGGUGUCUGUUGUGUGGUUAUAUUACAUGUACACAUUUAUAAGGGAGGUAAAGCUAUUAGUUAUCAGCUACUCUAGCAAAAUUAUAUCCUCAUACAGAAGAUAAGGAUAUUGAGGAAAGCAAUAGCAAAAUUAUACUUUUCAUAUUACAUGUUCAACAAGAUUACAAGAGAUAAUAUUCUCUUAUUGUGCAAACUUCCAGUUAGUAUGGUUGGUAUAGUAUAGUAUGUGUUCAUGGAUAUAUUUAACAGAUUAAGGUUUUUCAUAAGCUUAAGUGGUUUCUGAAGUAUUGCUCUUAAAAAGAUAAAAGCAUAGCAACUUGCAUUUCUUUCCUUUUGUUAUUGUCAUUGCUUGUCUUUCAUUAGUUAGUGUUAAUCAACAAAAUUUGUCAAGUCAACUGAUGUUUUAGUAUAUUACUAUACCAGGGACUGUAAUGUUACAGUUGUGUGUGAAUACCAUGAAUGAAUGAAUGCAUUGCCAGGGACUGUACAGUUGUGUGUGAAUGUCAUUCAGUACCAGGGACUGAAAUGUUACAGUUGUGUGUGUGAAUACCAUUCAGUACCAGGGACUGAAAUGUUACAGUUGUGUGUGUGAAUACCAUUCAGUACCAGGGUCUGAAAUGUUGCAGUUGUGUGUGUGUGAAUACCAUUCAGUACCAGGGUCUGAAAUGUUGCUGUUGUGUGUGCACAUGUGAAUACUAUUCAGCACAAGGGACUGUAGUGUUACAGUAGUGUGUGUGAAUACCAUUCAGUACCAGCUAUACAGUUGUGUGAGAAUGCUGUUCAGUGCCAGGGAUUGUGCAGUUGUGUGUGAAUGUCAUUCAGUGCCGGGCACUGUACAGCUGUGUGUGAAUUAAAUUUAAUGCCAUGGACUGUACAAUUGUGUGUGAAUACCAUUCAGUACCAGAGACUGUAAUGUUACAGUUGUGUGUCAGUACCAUGGGCUGUAAAAUGUGUGUUUGUGAAUACAGUUCAGUACCAGGGACUGUACAUUUGUGUAUG